UUUCCUUUCCACCGUUGUCAAGAAUCUACCUAAAGAAAAUCUAAUUAAUUUCGAAUAAAAAAGUUGAAAGAGAAAUAAAAUAUUUAAUCGAAUGUUAACAAUAGUCAAAUUUUGAAAGAGAAUUUCGUAGGUAGAGGCGAUCAACUUACAUUCUCAGAGAACAGGAUGGAAAUGAGGAAAAUAGCGAGCGAAUCGGCUCGAGAUCGACGAAUUUCAAUCGCUAAUGCAAAGUCCGUAGAAAGUAUUAAAGCUAGAUUGAAAUUGCUCGAAGAGAAGAACGUUACGAUGCGUGAGAAGUAUCGUGAGCUUCUUGCAGAAAAAGAAAAUUUGAAAAGUUGUCUUGACGGGGAGAAAAGUAGAAACAAUGAGCUGGAGCAAAAAAUAACUUUGUUGCAAGUAGAAUUGAUGGAGAAGAAAACAGAAAUUACUGGAAAAUCGAAUAAACGAACGGAAGACGAAAUUCUAAAUAAAAUGGAAAAUAGCAGCUCGACGACCGAUAUCAUUGCGACCGUAGAAAGGGGCGUACAGAAUUGGUCUCUUUGUCAGGGAUGUCAGAAUAAAUUGGAGAAUUUUACAAACGGUGUACCUACGGUCACAAUUACAAGGUAAUUAUAUUCGAACGUUUUAAUAAACUUUAUUAAUUAUCUAUCGAAUGAACGAUCAAAGAAUUACUAACCGUGGCAGACUUAUUACAUAGACUCGAUUUAAUUAAAAACAAAAUCGAUCGUAUUUUAAAUUGUUAAUAAAACGUAAGUAGAUUUGAAUUUUAA